AGACCAAGCAAUUAAGAAUUUCAACUUUUCAUUUAUUGAAAUCACAGCUGUUUCAAGUAUUUAAUGCUGUUUCAUAGUGUUAACUGACCCAUAAAAUAAUAUAGGUAAAUGCAACUACUGAUUUCAUGCUGGCAUAUGUGGACUUCUUUCUUGGUGGCGAUGAAAAGAGGAUAGACCUUCCUCCUCGAUUACAUGAAAGGUUCCCAAUGUCGUUGCCUUUUGGAGGUGAUGGAAGUUAUAUGGUUCCAUUCUCCCUGCACAAUGAUAAUAUCCUUACCAGCCUAAUGAGUCAGUCAGUACAACCUACAACCUGGUAUAGAUUGGUUGCUGGGCUGAAUGCACAACUACGGUUGGUUCGCCGUGGACGGCUAAGAGUAACAUUUCGACCUGUCCUCAGAUGGCUUGAGACUCAUGCCAAUCCUGCAUUGAGUGUCCAUGGUGUGCGUGUUGACCUUGCCUGGUUUCAGGCUACAAGCAGUGGCUAUUGCCACUAUGGGCUUAUGGUAUAUGCUCUUGAGAAUGGUCAAGCCACUGGAGGAAGUGCCGAUGGAGCUUUAAGAACUGAGGAAAGAGCAAGGGUCCAGAGUGUUAAAAAGGAACAUCCUUUUGGGUUUGCCAGAAGCAGAGCUCAUUUAGGCCCUGGUGGAAGAACUGAGGACAAUUAUAUAAGGCGACAAAUGCAUGGAGCUGCUUUAGAUGUAAACAAUUUGCAGAUGCUUGACGAGAAGAGAGAUAUCUUUUAUCUUCUCUCUUUCAUACUUAAGAAUACAAAACCUGUUGGACAUCAGGACCUUGUUGGUUUAGUAAUCUCAAUGUUGCUUCUAGGAGAUUUUAGUUUAGUAUUACUUACUCUGCUUCAGCUGUAUUCAAUUUCUUUGGUGGAUGUCUUCUUUGUGUUGUUUAUAUUACCUUUCGGCAUUCUUCUCCCUUUUCCUGUCGGAAUUAAUGCUCUCUUUAGUCAUGGGCCAAGGCGUUCUGCAGGCCUUGCACGUCUUUAUGCUCUGUGGAAUCUUACAUCCUUCAUAAAUGUUGUUGUUGCAUUUCUUUGUGGAUAUAUACACUACAACUCUCAAUCGUCUUCCAGUAAAAAACACCCGAGCAUUCAGCCAUGGAGUAUCACGGAUGAAAGUGAAUGGUGGAUUUUCCCAGCUGGAUUGGUUUUAUGUAAAUUGUUCCAGUCUCAACUCAUUAAUUGGCAUGUUGCCAAUCUGGAAAUUCAAGACCGGUCCUUGUAUAGUAACGAUUUUGAGCUGUUCUGGCAGUCAUGAUGGUAUGUUCACAGCAUAUAAUUCAACAUUAACUUUUUACCCCCAUUUCCCUCCUCCUCUCUCGAUCGAUCCAUCACAUGUUCUCAGUUCAGUAAUAUAGGAUAGAUCAAAAAUUGAUUGACAUAGAGAUGGUAGUAUUUUAGAUAAACUCGAGGUGGGAGAAACAGAACUACAGAAAUCCAAAGUAGAAGUUGUAGAGGCAUUCAUUACUGUAACAUCUAAUGUUCAAUAGUUCUUUUUAAAAAAAAAAUUAAAUCAUUUUCACCUUCA